AUGGCGGCCACCAUGAAGGCGAUCGACAUCAGGGGCGGCAAGGGUGAGCGGGACGCUCUCUUCGUCAAUGCCGAGACGCCCAAGCCCGCGCCCGCACAGGGCCAGGCACUCGUCAAGGUCAGGGCCUUUGGCAUCAACCGCAUGGACAUCAUCCAGCGCCGCGGCAACUACCCGGUGCCGCCCCAGGCCCCGCCAACCCUCGGCGUCGAGUUCAGCGGCGUCGUCGAGGCCCUGGGCGCCGGGGACCACGGCGACUUCCACGUCGGCGCUGAGGUGUUUGGCCUGGCCUACGGCGGCGCCUACGCAGAGUACGUGGCCGUCAGCUCCAAGAUGCUCAUCCACAAGCCCCAUGCCCUCUCCUGGGAGCAGGCCGCCGCCGUGCCCGAGGCCUGGAUCACCGCCACGCAGGCGCUGCACCUCGUCCUCGGCUUCGCCCGCGGCAAGUCCAUCCUGUGGCACGCUGGCGCCUCGGGUGUCUCCAUAGCCGGCAUCCAGCUGUCCCACCUUGCCGGCGCCUCGCGCGUCUACGCCACCGCCGGCUCCGACGAGAAAUGCCGCCUCAUCACCGAGCGCCUCGGCGCCGCCGCCGCCUUCAACUACAAGACGCAGGAUUGGGUGGCCGCCCUGCGCGAGGAGACGGCCGGCCAGGGCGUCGACUAUAUUGUCGACUUUGUCGGCGCCGACUACUUCCAGAAGAACCUCGACGCCGCCGCGCGUGACUGCCGCAUCGUCCUGCUCGGCACCCUGAGUGGCGGCAAGCUCCCCGACGGCGCCGACAUUUCGCCCAUUCUCUACAAGCGCAUCCGCAUCGAGGGAAGCACCCUGCGCAGCCGCGACGAGGAGUACCAGGGCAGGCUGCGUGAUAGGCUCGAGUCGUACAUGCAGGACUUUGAGGCAGGCCACCUGCAGAUUGUCGUUGACAAGGUGCUGCCCUGGGAGCAGAUCCAGGAGGCCCAUGCCCACAUGGAGCAGGCCCAGAACUCGGGCAAAAUCGUGUGCACCAUUCCGUAA